CGCAGCGCGGGGCGCAUGGAGGCGCUGCGGGGGCGGCGGGACUCUCCGGGUGCGCGGGGAGCGCGCGCGCGGCGCCCAGUUCUCCUGGGGAACCGCACUAGCCGCGUCUCGCUCUUCCCGCCGCGGGGUUCUGGGCCCCUGGCGGCCGCUUGGAACGCCGAGUCCAGGGAGGACCGAGCCUGCCGGCGCCCCUAGGUCCCCGCGCGGAACGGGACUACUCAGCCGGUGUCGUAGCGCUGCGGUCCCUAGGACCGGGCGGGCUCGGAGGCGGGAGUCGCUGUUUUUCGCCGCAGGCGAGGAAGUAUCGGUGGGGCUGUGCUCUCCGGGGAUCCCGCCUAGUCUUCUGCACCGAGGCGGCGGUGGCGCCUUCUCAUGCUGCUCGGGGCUUCCUGGCCGUGCGCUUCCCGGGCCGCCGCUGCGCAGAGCGAGGGCGACGACGACGAGCCAGGCGGGCGGCAGGGGAGGGCGGCGGUCGCGGCCGCCACUGCGGACGAGGACAUGGACGAGUCGUCGCUGCUGGACUUGCUGGAAUGCUCGGUGUGCCUGGAACGCCUGGAUACCACCGCCAAGGUGCUGCCGUGCCAGCACACCUUCUGCCGCCGCUGCCUGGAGAGCAUUGUGUGCUCGCGCCGCGAACUGCGCUGCCCCGAGUGUCGCAUCCUAGUCGGCUGCGGCGUGGACGAUCUGCCGGCCAACAUCCUGCUGGUGCGUUUGCUAGACGGCAUCAGACAGCGGCCCCGCGCCGGCGCCAGCCCGGGUGGCAGCCCGCCUGUGCGCCCUGGCUCCAGCUCGGGGGGCGCCUCAGCGCUCGCGGGCGGCGGGGGUAGUGCUGCUGGCAGCGCCCCUGGCUCCCCCGUGUUUCUCUCUUCUGCUGCGGGCAGCGCCACCGCCAGCCUGAGGGAGCUGACAACCAGCAGGAGCCCAACUGUGGCAAAGGUGGGUAUCUGCUUCGUGGUGUGGCGCCAAGUGAUGUGUGUGUGUGCGCGCGCGGGUGUGGGAAGUAUACUAGGGGACAGGGAGAGGACAGUGUCCCUUGCCUGCUGCUUUCUCGAUAACUUGCUUCCCUACUUGCCAACUCUUGGAUUCCGUACCCGCUCCAUCUCUGUUGCUGAUAAACUUUUUGUUUGUACUUAG